AUGGAAUCAUUCAGGCGUACUUUGAUUAAUAAACUAAGUAAAAGUUCAACUCAUGCUAAAACGCAGAUUGACUAUUGCUUCAAUAAUGUGAAUGACUUGAAAUCUGAUUAUUUUGAAAGUCUCACAAGUUUUCAUAAACCAAUAUGGAUAAGAAAACAUGAAAUUGUGACUCAAUUUCUUGUUGAUGAAAACGAACACAGUCGUACAGAUACACCUUUUAACCUUGAAGAUCUUAGAAUUGAUGAUCAAUUUAAUAUGAUGGAGAUUGACGAGGAAUCCUCUUUCGAAGGUCAUGAAAUGAUUGAUGGAAACGAGCAAAUUCAUAAAGGAUAUGCCUUUUAA